AUGUCGGAUCUUGCGGGUCUCCCAGUCACCUCUGCCGGUAGCGGCCGGACACAGAAUGGCGCGACACGCGCAGCGCAGGGACCUGUGCCGUUGAACCCGCACCCUGCGAGCGGUGUUAGGACGCCAACUGAUAUUAUGAGACAGCGUCGGGAUCGAGAAGCUCGGAAGAAGGCAGAACAAGAGGCGAGGGCGCGAGAGCAGGAGGAGGAACAAGUCAGGCAGACUCAACAGGCUCAGCCAUAUGCUGCUGGCGUUGCCGGGGAAAAGACUGCGCAGCGGCGAGUAGCCCCUAGACCAAAUACAGCGUCGGAAGCCCCGACCAAUGCUCCUGGGACGACUCGCCGCGCUGAACCCCCAAAUCAUCCCCAAAUGACCCGGCAACCUCUAUCUAGCACACAACCUCAGGCCGCCCCGGCGAAAGGUGCUGCUGCGCCCGGUUCAUUCGCCAAGCCAGCACCGGGACAAGCUCCUGCAACAAACCAAUCGGAUUCUUCUCAAUCCCAGCAGCAACCGCGCCGUGUCGGGUUCCCCCACGCCUUUGAGCGUUGGGAAACCUUGUCUUCGCACUGGGAAGGCUUGACGAGUUACUGGAUUCGCAAACUAGAGGAAAACAACGAGGCAAUGGAACGAGACCCUCUCAGUCAGCAGAUGGCUCGUCAGGUGACGGAUCUCUCCGCUGCUGGUGCGAAUCUUUUCCAUGCGGUCGUGGAGCUACAGCGCCUGCGAGCAUCGUCGGAGCGGAAGUUCCAGCGCUGGUUCUUCGACACUCGCGCGGAACAGGAGAAAGCCAAGGAGCAUCUAGCCCAACUCGAGAAGCAGCUCCUGAGCGAGCGCCAGGCCCGUACUGAAGCGUUCGCUUCCUUGCAGAAGACCGAGGGUGACAAGACUCGCGCCGAGGAGCUGUUGAAAGAGAUGCGGCGUGAGCUGCAGAUCUCAAAAGAAGAGGCACGUCGCGCGUGGGAAGAGCUGGGCCGCCGCGAACAGGAAGAACGUGACCGCACCAGCUCUCUGCGGAACGGCGAACCUACGCUUGUCGGGGGUGUCCAAGUUGUGCCUAUGGUCCCGGGUCUUUCUCAUCGGCCGUCGGCCACGAGUCGAUCCCCGCCGCGGGAGAGUCCAUACUCUGGCAGCGAAGUUGCUGGGAAACACCCAGAGGGUCAGUACUACGACGAGACUCCUGUGUCUCCCAUUGAAACGGACCCAUUCACUGAAGGAAAGGACUUUGCACAUCAGCCUGCUACCACAACAGCCGAGUCUCAGGGUCAACAUGCCAGCCACUACUACCCGCAGCAGGGCAGCAACAUGCAAGCUGGUCGAUCUGCAUCCGCGAAUGAUGAUCGGUCGUACGACCCUAGCGUAGCCAGUAGUGAGCCAAGAGAUGAGGAGUAUGGCGACUACAGCCGCGGUCAGGGCCGUCCAAUUGAGUAUCCCCCUGCGAUGUCAGAAGAGAGCGAUGACUAUGAGCAUGAACCUCUGGAGGAGGGCUAUGGAUCCAGUUCCAUGCCACCGUCGUCGGGCGCGUUGUACACGCCGACCAGCGUGGAUUACAGCGGUUCGGGUUGGGGCGUUGGCUCAGGUUGGGACUCUAUGACCCCCCGGCACCGUCACCCCACGCGCCUCAGCGAUGUCCUCGAAGAGGACGAGCCGAGGACCACACCUAGUCGGGCCAGUCGGGCCAGUCGUGCCAGCCAGGCCAGCCGGAGCGUACAGUGA